CAUUUAGGCUAACCGCCUCUCUCUUUUCCCAUACGCAACGGAGCAUUAAUACGAGAAACAAAAGCACUUGGUGUGUUUUCUCUUUCUUUUCUGCUUUUUAUGGGCUACAGUCGGAUCGAGAGGCAUUUCAACACAGACCACAUAGGACAUUUCAGUGGAUUUGCUUGGAGACAGCUGCAAACUAAAGUGAACUUAACCUGCGUUUCCACUCAGACUGGAUGGCAUUCGAGUUGCCAAAGAUGUCACCAAACACGUCCCUCUAUGUCUGCUAUUCCUUUCUUUCGUUUUAACUUCAUUUGGCGCAUCUAAAAUGCAGUUAUUCGUUUUUUAUUGGGACGCGCGGCUGCUACCUUCAGAGCGCGUUAAGCUAAAGGAUUUUACAAAGGAUUUUUCAAGGAAGAAAAAUUGAGUUGCUUUAUUAUUUCCAUUUUUAAUAUAUUUUUGUUUUCACUUUUUGUUGCCUGGAAACUUACCAUUCUGGAUCUGCCGUUUCUUCUCCAUCAAUGGAUAGUGCUCAAAGUUUGCGUGACCGGAGAGGAAAUAUUGGUUAACUGCGUUUUGACACCUGUCCUGUGCUUCCUUACCGCUUCUUUAGUCACAGUUCACGGCGCAGUCAUUGGAGCGAGAAGGCAAGGGUACACUGAAGCGAAACUCAAAUCUGUUCGUGACAAACAAAUAACCCAGUAACAGCCGGACUUUUAUUUGCUGAUUGGGUAUACUUAUGGUGGACAUACUGCUAUUAAUAUUAUUUUUGUAUUAUGGUAAAUUGCCAUGUCCAGCUGAUGAACAGAUUCACCCUCAGUUUUGUUUCUCACGCGGAGUCGCCAUGAUUCAGGACCAUUAUGUCUCAACACUUCUACUGCCAAGCGAAAAAUAAUAACAUUAACCGAAAUUGGUGCAGUUUUCUAUGGGAAAUUAAAAUUCGAUUCGAAUAAUUCCGUUAAUUUCAUCAGUUGAUUUUUACCCAAAAAAUAUUCUACAGAAACAUUGUGUUUUCUGUUUUCGAACAAAACACCGGUGACAGGAAUUCUGGAAUAAACUAAUAAACGAGAAAAACGAAAAUAAAAAUUGUUCUAACCCAUAGUAGAGACCGGCCAGAGGCCUCAGAAGGACAUUUACAAGCAGGGCUCCAGCAAGGCAUCAAAGAUGGAAAUCCACUGCAAACACGACCCGUUUGCAGCCAUGCACAGGCAUGGAGGAGUGAACCAGCUGGGAGGGGUAUUUGUGAAUGGCCGGCCCCUGCCUGAUGUGGUGCGGCAGCGGAUAGUGGAGCUGGCUCACCAGGGGGUACGGCCCUGUGACAUCUCCAGACAGCUUAGAGUCAGUCAUGGCUGUGUAAGCAAGAUACUGGGCAGGUAUUACGAAACAGGCAGCAUCAAACCCGGGGUUAUUGGGGGAUCCAAGCCAAAGGUUGCUACACCCAAAGUCGUCGACAAGAUUGCAGAUUACAAACGCCAAAAUCCCACCAUGUUUGCCUGGGAGAUCAGGGACCGGCUCCUGGCUGAGAGAGUGUGUGACAAUGAUAGUGUGCCCAGCGUCAGCUCCAUAAACAGGAUCAUUCGCACCAAGGUCCAGGCGCCACCUGGGCAGUCAGGUCCCAUGUCAGCUCAUAGUUUAGCCUCCUCUGUGGCAGUGACACAAGUGUCCGCGGUGACCAGUGAUACUGCUGGCUCCUCCUACUCCAUCAGUGGCAUCCUGGGUAUCAGCUCAGCCAAUGACACCAGCAAGAGGAAGAGAGACGAAGCUCUCCAGGACUCUCCGCUCUCCAAUGGACACUCCCACAGUGGGCGGGACUUCCUGAGGAAGCAGAUGAGAGGAGAGCUCUUUACGUCACAGCAACUUGAGGUAUUGGACCUUCUGUUUGAUAGACAGCCCCACUCUGAGCUCUACCCUACCCCUGAGCCCAACAAACCCUCCCAGAAUGAUUACUCAGCAAUGGCAUCUCUUGCCGGGGGACUGGAGGAGAUGAAGAGCAGCUUAGCCAAUCAGGCGGGAGCAGAGCUGGGAGCCAGUGUGUCAGGGCCGCAGUCCUACCCCCUGGUGUCAGGUCGGGACCUUGCCAGCACCACACUGCCUGGGUACCCCCCCCACGUCCCUCCGGCUGGGCAGGGCAGCUACUCGGCCCCCUCACUAAGUGGCAUGGUGCCUGGGGGUGACUUUUCUGGUGGACCGUACUCUCAUCCUCAGUAUUCAACGUAUAACGAGUCCUGGAGAUUCCCAAACCCAAGUCUGUUAGUGCUGCAGCAGGACUACGGUUCUCUUCUGGGCUCUGACAUGGCCUGCAGCUCAGGGCUGUUCAGCAGCCAGACCUCACAGAUCACAGGGUCCCCAUACUACUACAGUGCUGCCACAAGGGGGACAGGCCCAGCUGCCACGGCGACUGCCAGUUCCUAUGACCGCCAUUAACCUGCCAGUGAGGAGGAGGAGGAGGAGGAGGAGGAAGAGGAGGAGGAGGAGGAGGAGGGAUUGAGGGUGAUAGCACCAGCGUUACUCCACAUGAGUACAGAGGAUUCGAGUGGACAGAGAGACGAGAGCGAAGACACUGCUUGUAUGUUCAAUUCACUUAUGCCAUUCCUCAUCUUCUGACUAGCUCCACUCAUGAAUGUGUGCUGCCAUGUUGAGAGGGUCACACUUGCACAGAUUUGUUUUUUUUUUGCUCUGCAUCUUUCACUCUUCCUCUGGUCAGCCAGCAUUUUGCAUUCCACUCUUUCAGUGAACAUUGUAUAGUCACAGAGGACCCUGCAGAAGAAAUAAUGGACUAAUUCAAGUCACUGUUACAAAUACCUGCAUGACAAGGUUUUAGGAUGGUCACACGAAGACAUCACUGAUCUCUGAAAGAUACUAAAUCAAGGAGGAUGUGGUUUUACAAAUCUCUUUGAUCAUCCUCCCUGAGAUAUGACUGUUUUAGUGUGAUACAUAUUUGAAUCUUCCAUCGCAAACUCCUCCAGCCUUCAGUCAUCGUUUUGUUUACUCUACAACCUCCUUUAUUUGAGUUAAGUAACAAAUUGAAGAGGCUUUGAAAAAAAGUUGAAUGAUUGAUUGUGUUGUUCAGUCAUGUCUAUUUAUUUGAUGUGUUGGGAAAAGAAGCCUGCACAUUUUUCUCUAUAGUUCACAACAUGAGGAGAAGUGGGCUUUGAUCUGGCUGAAUGGACAAUCUGCCACUAGAUAGAUUUAGGCUAACUUACACGUAUGCAGUGAUGAUGGGGAUGAAGGUGAUGUGUUCAUGGUCUCAUCCAUAACAUAAUACAAAUUGCGGUGCCUGUUCUUUAGUUUUUCAGCCAUGCAUUUUUUUUCUUUUUUCUUCUCCCCCCCCACUUACUCUUUUAUUACUGUUUUGUAAUAUAUUUUAAAAAUGAAUAUAUGUUCGGGUGGCUGUUCAUAUGAUGUUUUUCUCAGGGUAGUAAACUGGCACUAUUGAAAUGGCGGCCUAGCAGACUUGAUUCAUUCUAAUUCAGAGCUGAAAGAGAAAGAAGAUCAUCACUGAGAUGCAAAAUUUAGAUUAAGAGUGCCUAUGAAACGAAAGCACAACAUCAGUACUAAUCCGAAAAAGGAGAUGUCAGUAUGGACUACAGCGGCAUGCUGAACUUGUUCCUCUCGAUGUCUACCCAGUUUUCAUCCGAAAGGCAUGCUUUCCAGAGCGUGUUUUGAAAGUCUUACAUACUCAUAUGGAUAUACAAUAGCAUACAUGUACAAUAUGUAAAACAUGUUAUUGUGUGUUGUGUGUGUGACUUUCCAAUGCUGCACACAUACGUAGCAAUGUAGGUACAAUACUCACCCACACUGAAGCACAGAAAACACAUCCAGACAGUAAAUAGUGUACAGACACACCGCCCCUCUCCCUGUGUACAUAGAGGCGAUAUAGGUGUGUGAUGUGUAUAUGUGUGUGCAUGCUGGAUCUACUACCCAGCCCUCACAUUGGGAAUGAUGAAAUAAUUUAAAGAUAUUUAUUGCUGGAGAGCCAGACUAAUAUAUAUGCUCUAUAGGAGACUUGUUGCCAGUAUGCAGUGCUAAUGGCUACAUUUGAGCACUGCUCGGUUUGAAAAAGGAGAACUAGUUUCCCAUUGGACUUAGCCCAGGGUUUGGUAGUGUGUUGUCAGAAGACGUGCCGGUCUCAGCCCCUGUACCCAUUCCCAAUGAUGUUGUCAAGCAGACUCACUGGAUGAGGUAUCAUUGUGUUACCUAAAGCAGACUCACUGGAUGUGGUAUCAUUGUGUUACCUAAAGCUCCCCAAAGAUACUGACACUCCUAUAAAGCACAAUGAGACCCAACUGAGUCAACACGGCUUUUUUCAAUCAAUCCACAUUUCUCUUUCUCUCUCUUUUUAAAACGUUCUCUCUCUCUCUCUUCUCUUCCUCGAGUAUGUGUACUUUAUUUCUGAGCAAACCCUUUCAUCUGCAAUGCGCUGAGACAAUGCACGAAGUGGUGGAGGCCUUACCAAACCCCUUUCUGUGUGUCAAAAACUGUGUGUCAAAACUGUGAGUGUCUACCACUGUAUGUGUGUACAAUUGAUGCUGUACAGUAUCCAUUUCCAACAAAAUAUCCCCAAUCAGUAUUGAUUGAGAAUUCAUAUUUAUUGUAGAUGCUAGUGAAUGAACACAGAGAAAAUGGUGUGAUUUAUUUAGCUAUUGUCCACCCGUGUAAAAACCUUUUUAAUGUCCGUUUGUUUUUGAUACGCUGUGGAUUGCUCAGAGUAGCUUUGAACUGAAGGAGUACUGUGUAGUUUCAAUAGCCGAUCAGAAGCACCAAAACUGCAAUGGAAAGGUUAACAAAAAUAAGAGGAAAAUAAAAAUAUAUGAGUAUAUCUUCAGAAACAGUUAGUUUGAUUAUUAAUCUGUAAAGUAGUUCUAGAAAUGACUUCUUGUGUUUGUAGGCUUAAGUUGCUGCUUGGGCAACUCUAAAGAAACCCUUAAUAAAAAAACAUCACCAUAGUGCUACUGGUGAACUUUGUCCUUAUCUAACCUUGUAGUUUGAGGCAUUAUGAACCUGAGGUGCACCAGCUGAUAUUAAGGACUGUGCCUUUAUUUUUUCUACUGAGUCAUCCAAUCCCGACCAUGCGUCCCUAAAGCCACUGUCUGCUCUGUCUGUCUACAGAAGGUCACCUACCUAUAGACCAAUCAAUGCCCCCUAAACAGAGUGAACCACACCAAACUAAUUUCAAUUCACAGGAUUUAGUAUUUCCAACCAAGCAAACCAGGCUGACUUAUCAAAAGCCUGAACAGAUGAACGCAACAGAUUUAUAUGUCUUUAUGAUCAAAUUAUCACAAUGUAUCGACAUCAGUUUGAUGGCCGUUCAGAUAAUAUGUCACCACAUUUUUUAGUGGAACCAUCAGAUGUUGAACAAAGGCGUGACCGCCACAGCUAAGAUUUGGCCACGCACACAAUCAAAAUGAUCUUACAUGUUCUCAAUAACUACACCUGUCUCCACAAUAGAAUCUAGAAUACUUGUCCAACUAAACCAUCCCAGAUCAACAUACACCUUAAUAUGUUGCCAUGUAGCAUUAUCAAUGACGCCGCCAUGCCAUUGAGAAGACCCCAUUGGUUGAAUAAAGGUAGAUAUGACUGUCAUUGGCUUAGAGUCAUGAAACUGACAGCCGUGAUCACUCCCCACCCCCCCUGAGACACUCCCCCACGCUGUUCCUUUGUCCUCUGUGGGUCACGCGUCCCCCCUCCUCUCCCUCAGGGGGAAUCAAACCUGCUGUGCCAUCAAAACCCAACCUUGCCCUGUCUCACCCCCAUCACUUUCUCUCAUUCACUCUAUCUUAAUCUCAUCAGAACGCCAGCCUCUGUUCUCUCCUCUCCUCUCACGUCUGAUCAGAACGCCUGCUCUGUUCUCUCCUCUCCUCUCACGUCUGCCAUCAAAGAUCCACAGUAAAACUAUUCCAUUGAUCACAUUCCUUGACCCCGAAAGGAAAAAAAAAUAUCCCUUCUCCCAUCAGAGAGGAAGGUGGUAUUCCCCCCUACUCCACUCUUCCUUGGUAAAUAAGGAUGAGGUCAUCUCAAUGGCAAAAUAAUUUCCUCUUCCUUGAUAUCCUCUGAAGUCAUGUAUGAUUUAUGAUGUUCAAAACAUUACUUUGUGUAGAAAGCAAAACCGUCAUUUCGUUGAUAUUUGUCAUAAUCUUUUAACAUUUAUCAUGUAUCAUAUAUCAUAUAUAUUCAAUGCUCCUUGUAUUUGGCCAGAUGCUCCUGAAUGCCUAAGGCAUUGUACAUUUCCUAUUUUGUGACACGCUAAAUUCCUGUGGGGAAAUUUGAACCACAGUGGACUAAAUUUUACAAACAAAUUUAUAAGAAUUUCUAAAGCAUACUUUUAUACUGAUGUUUGCCUUCAACUGAAGCUCAGCAAGCAGUUAUCCCAGUUUGACCAACAUGUAGCAAAUCACGGAAAGGCACAUAAAAACCAACAAAACCAAAACAAAUCAAUAAACAGGCUUUCAUAAAGUAUCUAAGUAUCAAAGGAUCUAUUUGGAAGCUUCUCAUUGACAGUCAGUGGAUGCAUAUACAAAUAUCAAAUUUGGGGUCAUAACGAGUUCAUGGAUAGAUUCAAGAUUAAGGUGAAGAUCCACCAUCAAAAACAACAAGUCAAGUAGACUGAAAUAGACUACUCUGGUUGCUGGGCAGAUAACAAGUGCCAUUACUGAUUUCCAUUCAGUUGUAUUCUGACACACAGACUAUUGCUGUAGUUCAACCUGUGCAGAAGCUUUCUCGGAGAGAAUGGGCCCCCUGUAAAAUCCCAACGCAACGUCUGAUCACUUUAAGAUUCCUUAACAGAUCUGAGAUCAGUCCACAGCAAUUUUCAUAAAAAACAAAACACCUGCUGGUCCCAAAAUAAACAUGCAAAGAUGUCUGCCAUUUGAAUGAGGGCUUUACUGUGUUAAACCCUGUAACCGUAGUUACCCUCUGUGGAUCCUGAUAUUGUGAAAUGACAUACUCAUCUGCCAAGGGUUCCAAAAGCAAAAGACAAGUGUGAGUAUUUGGUUAUUACCUUAUAGUGGCCUUUUGCAUACAAUCUGAGAAUCCUUGAGGAUCAAAACACUCCUUCACCCAUUGGUGUCGGGGUUAUUUCUUUUCUACUUUCUUUUUUUAACAAACAGUGACAUUUUUGGUAUUAGUGGUUUGAAACAGUGGAAAUAGUGCAUUAUUGCCAAGAGGAUUUUAACAAAUCACAGAAGAAAACGACAUAUCUAUAGCAUCCACCAAAGCCUGACAUGGCCAUUUAACAAAUUCAGUACUAGUAAAAAGACACAAAAUCAACUAACCAAUAAUGCCAGGUCUGAAAUGCCUUCAAACCGAUGGAGGAUUGAGGAAACUAUAAAAAUAAACAGGAAUAAAUGAAAGAAUGCUUCUUCAAGAAUUGUGUAUGUUUUUUAUUCAAUUUUCUAGUAGUUAUGAAACAGAAAAAAAAACAUUGGUGUGUUUAUGCUCUCUUGUGUGUUGUGUCUUGUCUUAAUAUUUGAAUGUAUCUACUGCAGUGCCGAUUUGCCAAAGAUACCAUUUCUUUUGAGUUGUUCAUUUUUUAGUUUAUAUUUUGUUUUGUUAUUUUUUCUUGAAUUUGUCCACACAUGGAAAACAAUUGUGACUUUGAUAUUAUGCUUAUAAUUCUUGUAAGCCUAUUGUUACUGUUAAUAUUCUUAUUGUUAUUAUUACUGUUGUUGAUGAUUAUUAUGAUUUGUCACGUUUACAGGAUGGCAUCUCUCCACAGCUCUGUUCAGAGCAGGGCUUGACUAAUCAGUGUAUGUGCAUCUGUUCCCCCAGAGUGACUGUCCCUUUGUGAAUUAUCCUUCUCUGUACUUGUCAAGUGAAUCUUAAGGAGUAAUUAUUUGUAAAUAUUUACCAUAAUUUUAUUGGUUCUCCAGAAUAAAAGUAAUUUUUUAAGUUCA